GGCGAGCGCGGGAGCGGUUCCCUUUUGGGUCUGGGGUCUCUUCUAAGGGGCCAUGGCCGGGGGCCAGGAGGGGCCGAGCCCCCGGCCCAGCGAGGAGGAGCCGGGGAGUGACGGGAGGAGCACCUCGGAACGGGUGGUGGAUCUGCUGAACCAGGCGGCGCUGAUCGGGACGCGGGGAAUAAAAAUCACCAUCCUGAAACAGGUGCAGGAGCUGAUCAUCAACAAGGACCCCACGCUGCUGGACAACUUCCUGGAUGAAAUCAUCGCCUUCCAGGCCGACAAAUCCAUCGAGGUGCGGAAAUUCGUGGUGGGAUUCAUCGAGGAGGCCUGCAAGAGGGACAUCGAGCUGCUGCUGAAGCUGGUGGCCAACCUGAACAUGCUGCUCAAGGACGAGAACGUCAACGUGGUCAAGAAAGCCAUCCUGACCAUGACCCAGCUCUACAAGGUGGCCCUGCAGUGGAUGGUGAAGUCCAAGGUGAUCAGCGAACUGCAGGAGGCCUGCUGGGAGAUGAUGUCCUCCAUGGCCAGCGACAUCAUCCUGCUGCUGGACUCGGACAACGACGGCGUGCGCACUCACGCCAUCAAGUUCGUGGAGGGGCUGAUCGUGACGCUGUCCCCGCGCACGGCCGACUCCGACGUGCCCAAGAGGCACGAGAACGACGUCAGCCUGGAGCGCAUCCCGCGCGACCACCCCGUCAUCAAGUACAACGCGCUGUGGGAGGAGGGCAAGGCGGCGCUGGAGCAGCUGCUCAAGUUCAUGGUGCACCCGGCCAUCUCCAGCAUCAACCUGACGGCCGCGCUGGGCUCGCUGGCCACCAUCGCCCGCCAGCGGCCCAUGUUCAUGGCCGAGGUCAUCCAGGCCUACGAGACCCUCCAUGCCAACCUGCCUCCCACGCUGGCCAAGUCUCAGGUGAGCAGCGUGCGGAAGAACCUGAAGCUGCACCUGCUGAGCGUGCUGCGGCACCCGUCCUCGGGCGACUUCCAGCCGCAGAUCACCACGCUGCUGGUGGACCUGGGCACGCCGCAGGCCGAGAUCGCCCGCAGCAUGCCCAGCCCCCGCGAGGCCCGCAAGCGGCCCCGCGACGAGCCCGACGCCGCCCUCAAGAAGAUGAAGAUCGAGCCACCCCUGGGCGAGGAUGACGAGGACAAGGACCUGGAGGCGCCGGCGGUGGCCGUGGCCAAGGUGGCCGGAGCGGUCACUGUCCCCUCGGACACCGACAUCACGGCCGAGUUCCUGCAGCCACUGCUGACCCCCGAGAACGUGGCCAACCUGGUGCUGAUCAGCAUGGUGUACCUGCCCGAGGCCAUGCCCGCCUCCUUCCAGGCCACCUACACGCCCGUGGAGUCGGCCGGCACCGAGGCGCAGAUCAAGCACCUGGCCCGGCUCAUGGCCACCCAGAUGACGGCAGCGGGCCUGGGGCCAGGCGUGGAGCAGACCAAGCUGCUGCGGGAGGAGCCCAAGGAGGAGAAGGUGGCCAAGCCGGACGCGGUGCUGAUCAAGCGGCGCCUGUCGGCGCUGGGCCAGGGCCAGGCCAUCGCCGUGCUGGGCGCCCACGGCUCGGCCGCGGGGCUGCCGGACGAGACCCCCCAGGCCAAGCGCCGGCCCGAGCCCAUCAUGCCGGCCACGCAGCCGCGGCUGGCGGGCGCGGGGGGCCGUAAGAAGGUGUUCCGCCUCAGCGACGUGCUGAAGCCGCUCAGCGAGGUGCAGGUGGAGAAGCUGAAGCUCGGCGCCGUGCGCCGCAUCCUGCGCUCCGAGAGGGCCGUGGCGGCCAGCGGCGCCGCCCAGGUACGCGCCGCACACCUGGGCACAGCUGGGAUACAGCUGGGCACAGCUGGGAUACAGCUGGGUGCAGCUGGGAUACAGCUGGGUGCAGCUGGGAUAACCCUGGGCGCACCUGGGAUACAGCUGGGCACACCUGGGGACACCUGGGCAUAACCCUGGGAUACACCUGGGCACACCUGGAAUAACCCUGGGAUACAGCUGGGCACACCUGGGGACACCUGGCAUAACCCUGGGAUACAGCUGGGUGGAAGCUGGGAUACAGCUGGGCACACCUGGGGUACAGGUGGCAUACACCUGGGCACAGCUAGGGUACAGCUAGGAUAAUCCUGGGCACAGCUGGGCACACCUGGGAUACAGGUGGCGUACACCU